AUGUCAUCCCCACUACUCCUCCCAGAGGACACUGUCGAGCGUCUGAAAGUCCGGGACUCCUCCCUCGUCGGCGCUGAGCAGAACGGCGCAAGGAAGAUUUCUAUUGGCUUAUUGACCCCACCUUCGUCGACUACUUCAAGAAGUGUAUCAACCGCAUCUUCAGCUUCUGCCGAAAUCGUCUACAUAUCUGUGCCAACUCGACUCGACUCCGCUCAGACCUUUGAGUUUAUGGGGCUGACUCCGGAAAAGGCGCAAGAGAUGUACGCCAGCAGACAGCGCAGGCAGCAAGAAACACAUACUAGCAUCGAUUUGCAAAGAUGGGUAAUCGGUACUGUGGUCUCGCUCUGCGCGGACAUAGAUGGUUACGAUGAUGACUGGGAAGAGAAAAUGCAAGAAGUGGGCAUCAAGCAAGAGAUUUCCGACGCCCUCAUGAAGGAAGAACACUAUGCGAUCCGCGGAGUGCAGUCACUCUCGAUGUGGCUUCAGGACAUCUUCGAAACCAACUAUCUCGCCCUCGUCGACAUGAAUGCGCGCAUUCUACAAGAGCUGGCGCCUCCAUCGGGAGUGAACCUGAGGGGAGGAGAAGGCGAGCCAUACACCGUACCUCAAGCACCUGGAGGUCAUAUUGCGCUGUUCAAGAGCGUCGAGUUCAGGCGAUGCGCAGGAUGCAUAGCCGAAGAUGGAUCGGUGAACCUUGCACGACUGGAGUCCACUGGACCAACAGACUUCGCAAGACGAGGAGGACUCUAUUUCACUGAUCAGAUCUGGGUCUCGAACCACUAUUCAUCGCUGAUCACUGACGCUUGUCCGGUCGCUGAUCGACGGACAGUCGAACUUCACGUUCCGCUAUCCCAUCUCACAGAGAUGAAGGUUUGGGAUCUGAAGUUCGAAGAUGAAAACUUCAAGCAACUUUUGUUCUACUCAAGGCGCGAAGAGAAGUACCCGAAGCCGAUCUCACAAUUACGCGCUGCUCACGGAAUCAUCGCCGGACCUAUUGGACAUGUUCACAAUCUGGCGUUUGGAAAAAUGAAGAGCUGGAAGGAUAUUACGGAAAAGCAUCAGUUCCAAGAGCGGGAGACAGUCCUCGAUGGCAAAGGCAACGAGAAGGAGAUUGUGAAGUACGGCAGGCAAUGGGUUUGGAUUGGCGAGAACUCCAUUGAGCAGCUUGAGGAGGAUUGCAGGGACAAGGUGUAUCUGCGUCGGCCUCUACUCUCAUAA